CAAAUAUGAUCACAUUACCUGCAAAGAUCUGAUCAAGUCAGGAUCUCCUACUGUCUGGCAGCUGAUACCAAAGAAAGAGAACAUUGGAACUCUGACAAAAAUGACUCUUGGUGAAAGAAAUUUGACAAAGAUGAACAAAACCAUCUUACUUGUGGGUGAAACAGGAACAGGAAAAUCUAAACUGAUCAACGCUCUGGUGAACUACGCCAUGGGAGUGGAGUGGGAGGACAAUGUCUGGUUUCAGAUCGUAGAGGAGGAGAAGAAGAAAAGUCAAACAGCAAGUCAGACACCAGAUGUGAUGGUGUACGAGAUCUUUGGUUUUGAAGAUAAAACUCUGUCCUACUCUCUGACCAUCAUCGAUACUCCUGGAUACGGAGACACCUCUGGGACCGAACACGAUGCCGAGAUCAGUCAACGAUUAUUAGACUUGUUCCGCUCAGAUGAAGGAGUUCAUCAGAUCGACGCGGUGGGUCUGGUGCUGAAAGCCAAUGAGAAUCGACUGAGUGACCGACUGAGGUACAUCUUUGACUCUGUGGUGUCUCUGUUUGGAAAAGACAUGGAGAAGAAGAUAGUCGCCCUCAUCACACACUCAAAUGGAAGAAAACCUACAAAUGUUCUGGAAGCACUCGAGACAGCAAACAUUAAGUGUGCCAGAAACGAUAAGAAUCAGCCUGUUUACUUCCUGUUUGAUAACUGCCAGGAGGAAGACAGGUCAGAGGACCCAGAAUGCCUUCAACGUGUAGAUAAAAUAUCAAUGAAAAGCAUGCGUCAGUUCACAGACUUCCUGGAAAAAUCUGCACCUCAAAGGCUGGAAACCACUGUAGGUGUUCUGAACGAGCGAAUCAGACUGGCAGCCUGCAUCGACAACCUGCAAGAGAGGAUCGAGUUCAUUGAACUGAAACAAGAAGCAGUCAAGAAAAAUCAGGAGCGUCUGAAGAGAUAUCAACAAGAGAUGGAGAGCAAUAAGGAAUUUACUGUAGAAGUAGAGGAAGUCUACAAGGUCAAAAAAGAAGUCAGCAGAGAGUGGAGGGUGUUGGCGCUUGGGUUAAACUAUGGAGCAGCAGUCUGCUGUACUGUCUGUGAGGAGAACUGCCACUAUCCAUGCACACUGACCUGGUAUCCAGAAUACUGUAAGGUCAUGAAAGAUGGCCACUGCACUGUGUGCACCGGGAAGUGUCCUGUAUCAGUUCAUGUGAAAGAAAAGCAAUGCACUUCAUGUGAGGAAGAGUGUCAGGAAUCAACACAUAGGAAAACUUUCUGGAUCUAUGAGCCCAAGACAAUAAAAGUUCAGAAGACCGAGGAACAAAUGAAAGAGAAAUAUGAAAAGGGCAAAGCAGAAAGUGAGAAGUCAACAGACCUUUUGGAAAAUCUGAAGAAGGAAAUAGAAGAACUUCAGAAGAAAAAGGAUGAGUGGCUGGAAGAGGCCUAUCAGCAUGUCCUCAGUCUGGAGAAGAUCGCCCUGAAUGUUAAUUCAGCGUCCACUUAUGUCCACCUGGACUUCCUGAUUAAGAAGAUGAAGGAGAAAGGAGACACAGAGAAGAUCCAGAAACUGGAAGAGAUGAAAAAGCGAAUGGAUGAAGAUAAAGGAAUCAAAGCAGCGGCGUGGUACGGGUUUGGUAAAGUAGCAGCAGCUAAAGCUUUUACAGCAAGUAUUACAGAAUGA